AAUGAAAGAAUUAGGAUGAAUUACCUCUUGGGUUGCUUCAAGCCAUUUUAUAACUUUCUGGAUCCUGAGAUCUUGCUCCAUUUUGAGAGCCCGUUUCUUUCCACCUGCACCAACAUCAUGGAUCCCCAGAAAGAUACCUGGGCUUCCUUCACUGAUUGUGCCAGGGGUUCUGUGGCACCUAAUGCAUAUCUUUGGAAUGCUUUGUCCUGGAAGCCAGAACUGGAAUGGUAUGACCUUUCUUUUUAUGAGACUAUUUCAAAGCUCCAUAAGGACCAGUUGAAUCUCUAUAUGGAGAAAGAGAAGCUGAAGAGGGCUGGAGAAUUGGAUUCCCUUCGAGGGAGACAAAACCAACUCCAGGCCCAGGUGGAGAUGUGUAAGGAGAAGAUCACAGCUGUGGAAGCCAGAGAGCAAGAACUCCUGGAGCAGAAUCAAAGACUGCAGAAUGACCUGGGCAUGGAACAGGAAGAGGUAAAGAGGUUACAGCUGUUGCUGACCAGUCAGGGAACACAGUAUGGCCAUGACCUGAAGAAGAAGGAGCAGGAGCUGGGGAAGCUCAAGGAGAAAGUUCACCAACUGCUUGCAGAGCGGAGAGAAAAAAGGGCCUCUAUUGACAUUCUCAAUACCUUGAACCGGAUGGAUGGGAAACGGGCCACAUGGACCAGGGCAGGCAAGCCUGACAACAAGAAGGAAGGAGAGCUGUUCCGGACCAUGGUAGCCAACCUAGAACAUCAAGUGGCAGACAUUACUCAGGAGAACAAAGAACUGAAACGUUUCUUGGGCCAGCUGGAUAAGGAUAUGGUCAAGCUUCUGAGCUUACCCCAGAAUAACCCUUCUGAUGAUGAUGGAGAAGAAGUAGUUUCAGUUGACAAUGGCGACAUAAUAUUGGAGCACUGGAAUUCCCUCAAGAAGGAGGUGGAAAGGUUGAAGGAACAUGCCCCAGAAGAAUGCCUCUGCAGGGACCGAAUGAGUAUCAUCACUGAUCAGGAUAAAGAGCUAGCUCAGCUGCGCGAGGAGAUCCAGCAGAGCCGAGACCUCAUUGUCUGGCAACAGCAAUGCUUUCAGGAACAGCUAAACCAGGCAGAGGAACUUCCUCAGGACAUCCAGGGCUCAUAUCUCUUGGAGGAACAGUUCCAGCUCCAGGAAGCCAAGACACUGUUCACUCAGCAGCAGGCUAACUUUGAGCUGGAACGGCAUCGUUUUACUGAAGCUGCCAUUCGUCUGGGUCAUGAACGUCGGUGCUUUGAGCAGGAACGGGCUAUGUUCCUGAAGGAACGCCUGCUUCAACAAGAGUCAAGUCUUUCCCUAGGAAGUCCACAAUUCUGUCCAGAUUUGUCAUUGCCUCAAACCCCAGAGCAGGAGCUAUGUCCUAAGAGUCCCGGGAUUACCCCCCUUUCUAUGAGCAGCAAAAAGUUGGACAGAAACCCUCCUGGCAAAGAAGGUUUCCAGGACCCCCCAGCAUAUAGACUCCUUAAGAAGCAUCCAGUUGACUCCACUGGGAUCUUUUACAGGAAUGAUGGACAUAAAUUUCACAUUCUAGACCAUUUUUUGGAUGACUUUCUCCAGUAAUCAAUUCUGUUCAUGCAAAAGUGGAUGUGAAGAUGGACAAUGUCUUUAUUUAAUAAACUUUUUGUUUUUUGGGUGGGAAUCUAAAGGAAAUUUUAACCACCGUGUGUCUCAAUAAAGAAAUGUGAGAUUCUA